AUGUCGGGCGAAAAAUACAUUAUUAUCACGAAGGGAAUUGGGGCGGCUGUAGUUGCAUAUGUCGUGUACAAACUAGUUAAAAGAUGUUUAUCUAAGGAAGAUGAUGACGAGUAUUUCAAGUACAUAAAAUGGAAGGGUGGCGAAAAAGAAAGGCAUAUUCUUGUCCUGGGAUUGCCGAAUGCAGGAAAAUCCCGGCUUAUCCACUGUUUCCAACCAAACCUAUGCCCUAAUGACCUACUUCCACAACCAUCACCAACACUCGGUUUUUGUGUCAAGACUGUGGGUAUUGCUGGAGUAAACUAUCACUUCUAUGAAGGCAGCUAUAGCAGCAUGUGGCACAUAUCUGCAGACAUUAUUCUAUGGGUAGUAGACAGUUCUGACCAUGCCGCUAUUUCACAAUCAACGGAGGCCCUGCAUCAAUGGAUUGUCAAGGUUGAUUUUGUUAGCAGGUUGAAAUCAGAGGAUGGUCUAGCAAAGAGUUUGUAUGGAGUUCCUGUAGUCAUUGUUGCAGCCAAGCAGGACAUUUCAGACAGCAUUUCCCCCGACGAUGUUUUACGUGAGCUCAAUGUGGAAAAACUGAGGCUCAAACACAGGGUAUACAUUGUGGGCACCCGCAUACCUGAUAAGGGACAUCGACAGGGCCUCUGGAGGCUGUAUGAAUUAAUUACUUACAUGGAAAAAGAACGCUUUUUUGAGAAAAAUUAAAAAGGCAGACAACUUCCUCUCAUCUUAAAAAAAUUUGUCAUCAAUUUAAACAAUAGAAGUUUAGCAUAUUUUAAGCAUUUGUUUGCAGUUGUUUUUUUAUAUUUUAAUAAUUACAUG